AUGAGCGUGCAACGUUCGGCUGGUUCGACGGCCUCUUUGGGUGCAGCUCGACGUCAGCACCGGGCAAUCGGUCAAAUGACGGGUCUCGGCCCCAAUGCGUAUUUGGCAGACCGACCGACUGCGAACCCGUUUGACAUCGUGUAUGUGGGCGAAGGCCGUCCGCCGCAAUCCGGUUAUUCUGUUCAAUUACAUUUCCCUUGUAAUUCGGCAUCGCCGUGUCGCGAGGUUUACGCCCUUCCAAAGGAUAUCAUGGGACAACUCGGAAAACUCGACAAGUUUCUGUCGUACCUCAGUGAGGGUAUGCUACCACGAUUCUGUCUACGCGAAGAGGACAAUAUGACAGGAAAGAAGUCUGUGGCCUUUCGCAUGUCUGUCUUUCCUGGUUGCUGUUUUGAGUCAUUUGUUUGCAUGACUGAUGAUGAGCCGAUGACUGAUGAUUUGCCUUCGAUCUGUCUCCAUUCCAUGCCAUCUUUCGACGGCAUUUAUUAA